GCUUUCUCAAAAGCUGCUGGCGGCGAUCACCCAGGGCGUGGCGGCGCAGUCGGCGGAGACCGAGGCUGCGCCUGUGCGCAGGGCCUCGUGGAGGUUUCUGCACUACAACCCGCUGACGGCGCGCGAGACGGAGAGGUUGGACGACAUAGAGACCGCCUGCGAGGGCUACGACUUCGUCGGCCUGAUAGGACACCACAUGGUGGCCACGACUAUGCAGAAGGCUGACGACACCUGGUACGGUAACUGCGAUAACUCGUCGCUCGUGGACUACAUCUGCAUACCGACGGCGCUGGAAAAAUGGGAGACAAGUUGCGGACCGUUGGCGAGGCUUGGCAGAGCAAUGCAGAAGAUACCGAGCAAACAGCGACGAGAUCAUUUGCCAGUACAUGUUAACCUUUGCAUGCCCUCUAUCAGCGAGCAGCGCAAGCAGGACAACUCACCAAAGUGGAAUGCGGAAACCAUGAUGCAGGCGUACGUGGGCAUGGACAUGGAGCGCAAGCGGGCCUUCGUUGAGGACAUGGGGGCCACGCUUGACCAGAACUGGGACGAGCUGCUGGACUUGGCCAAUCGUACGUCGGCGGAUUACCUCUUCGAAAAGACGGAGCAGUUAUUAAUUGAAGUUGGACAACAAUAUUUCUCACGGGAACCUGAGCGAGAUGAACGAUAUCAAGCCCUAAGGGAGAGACGCAUGAUUUUACUCAAAGCACGACGCGGCUUUAGACUUCGGCAUGAUGAGAGCUCGGAAAUGGAAGAACACGAAGUGGUGGAGGGACUCAAAAAACUUUCGGCUUACAUGAAGAAGGAGCGAGAAAUUGAGUGGAAAGCUUACCAGGAGGACCUGCUGGACCAGAUAUGGGCACAUUGGCGCGUUCGUAAUAUGGCAGAAGUACACAGACUUACACGGAGAGCGGCGAACACCAAGUACGGCGUAAAAAAGAGACAUUUCCUGACGGUAAAGGCCCUGGGACUUACAGCAGACAAAUGGGCAGCACACUGGACACGGGCGGGACCAGACGGAGGCAUGCAGGCGACACAGAUGCACGACUGGGAU